CUAAUUUGUUAUUGGCCAGUUGACGUUGACAAAAUGAAUGGCAAAUUUUAUUGUUCGACGCCUUCCCGAAGCGGCGAGUAACUUUCUGACUUCCAACUCAAGAACCAAAGAAGCCGCUGUGAACCGUGACCACGCUGGAGAUGGGGGACCAGGACGCGCCUCAGUUUGGAUCCGUGGAGGAAGAACUGGAGCACUGGAAGGAGGAGGCGGCGCGGCACCAGCAGAUUGCGGUGGAAGCACAGGAGGAGCUGCAGGAGUUCCAGCAGAUGAGUCGGGACUACGAGGUGGAGCUGGAGCUGGAGCUGAAGCAGCUGGACGCCAGGAACCGGGAGCUUCUCUCAGCCAACAACCGUCUGCGCAUGGAGCUGGAGAACUACAAGGACAAGUACGAGACGCAUCACUCUGAGGCGUGCCGACAGAUCUCCAACCUGGAGGGAGACCUGGCCGAAACCGCGGCCGUCAGAGAUCAGCUCCACAAGUACAUCAGGGAGCUGGAACAGGCCAACGACGACCUGGAGAGGGCCAAGAGAGCGACCAUCAUGUCUCUGGAGGACUUUGAGCAGCGGAUGAACCACGUCAUAGAGAGGAACGCCUUCCUGGAGAGCGAGCUGGACGAGAAGGAGAAUCUCUUGGAGUCGGUUCAGAGGCUGAAGGAUGAAGCGAGAGACCUUCGGCAGGAGCUUGCCGUGCAGCAGAAACAGCAGGUACAGGACAGGAAGCCUUCCAUCAGCAGCUCCGUCAAAGAGCCUUCGUCCUCUUCGUCGUCGACGGGGUUGCCGACCCCGCCCUUGACCCCCCCAGACAGUAGGAUGGAGGAUAAAACCUCGGCUCCGCCCAGACCUGUAGCCUCCUCUGAGGACAUCAGCACGCCGCCGCCCUCCGUCAGCAGAGCUGAAAGCAUCUCUGCGAUUCCUCUCACCACGUCUGCAAGAAUCUCUGCUCUGAACAUCGUCAGUGAGCUGCUGAAGAAAGUCGGGAGUCUGGAGUCGAAGCUAGCGUCCUGUCGGAAUUACGUCAACGAGCAGACGGCGAAUCGCAGACGCCACAGCGGAGGAUCUGGAUCAGCGCCGGCCCAGAGCAACCCAUCAGAGACCCAUCCCACCAACGGCCUCUACAACAAGGGUCUGGUGAAGAGGCUGGAGUUUGGUGCAGGAUCUAAGCUGCUGCUGUGAACCCGACCGGACCUCUCCGUCUCCUCUGAGCGGGUCUGGAUGGUCCAAACCUCACCUGGCCUCGGUCGGUACCUGACGGACCGCACCGACACCGAGCAGCUGAGGCUAAACGGAUGGAGACGCUGGAGGUUGAGUUGGUCUUUUAUCAGGACUUCCUCUUCAGCACUUGCACUUGUCUUGAAUGUCCGUUCUGGAACUUUUGUUCCGACUCCCUGAGUCUGGAUUUGAAGACAUAUUUUUAUGUGUUCAGACUGAUGAGAAGCUAAGCUCAUUAGUUGAUUAAAACAGUGAAAGUUUG